AAUAGCUGAGUGAGCGAGCGAGCGGCGUCUCCUCCAGACUUGGGUACUCUUGUGACCGCGUGCGUGUGGCUUUGCUGUUAUUGCUACUGAUCGUUCGCGAGUGAGUGUCCCGUUUUAGCGACCAUGGCGAGUACGGUUUGAGUAAUUUCCGUUGGUUUUUUUAUUUUGGUAUUAACAGGAAAAUAUUUUUAAUCAAUCAUCGAUUCAUAAAAAGUUGACACGAUAUUUUUAAAAUGUGAUUACUCUUCACAUGAAUCAACGUUGCAGUCUUAGCUGUAAUUUUAACUGUUGUUUAUUUCGUUAAGAGUACAAGAACAAUUAAAUAAAAUUGACCGGUCGCGUGCAAAUCCUUCUAUAUGGAUCUACGACGGUGAACCCAGAAGGAACCACCCGCCUUUGCAAACGACCACCCAUUAUCGAUUGGCCACACCACGCCGGUGACCUAACUGCCUACCUAGCGCACGCCUAGUACUUGCUAGUAUUUUUUCAAGCCAUCCAUCUAAAAAAAGAUUUCGCUAUUUGGUGCAAAGAAAAGAUAUCGUAUUGUCAAGAGUAGCAUUGAAGUAGCAGAAUAAGCCGCUGCCGCCACUGGCGGUAAGUUCGCCAACGUCGUUUGUUCGUCGUUACAACGACAAAAACGACCACGACGACGGCCGCCGACACAAUCAUCAUCAAAACGUCGGCCGCCGCCAAGACGACCGCCGUCACCAUCAUUGCAUCCAGACGAAGGAGAUUGUUGAUCCGGUUCAAAUGAUUUUCUGACUACAAUCGUGACGGAGAGAAGAACAUUACAGACGACGGAGAUACACCGGUCGUGGGAUUGUUGUCUUUGAUUGACAACGACUAGUCACUAGUCAUUUACUGGGCUAAAAAGCCUAAAUCUUAUAGAAAUCACCAAAAAGCUAUAAAAUGGCUACAAUAGAUGGACGACCCGCCCAGUAUGGGGUGACGUUAAAGAAUCUAAGAGAGCUCAUGGAGCAUAGGGGGCGUGAAGGUAUUACCAAGCUCAACGAACUUGGUGGAGUACAAGACUUAUGUAAAAAGCUGUAUACGUCACCAAGUGAAGGAUUAAGUGGUUCUAGUGCAGAUCUAGAGCAUAGGAAAGAAACAUUUGGCUCAAAUACUAUACCACCCAAACCGCCUAAAACGUUCAUGCAACUUAUUUGGGAAGCCUUACAAGACGUAACUCUUAUUAUUUUGGAGAUAGCUGCAUUGGUUUCUCUGAUCCUAUCGUUAUAUAAACCAAACGACGGAGGAACUCCUUCAUUUGAAGAUGAAGAAACAAAACAUGGAUGGAUUGAAGGAUUGGCAAUUUUGAUAUCUGUUAUUGUAGUAGUAAUAGUUACAGCAUUUAAUGACUAUACCAAAGAAAGGCAAUUUAGAGGUCUUCAAAACCGUAUUGAAGGUGAACAUAAGUUCAAUGUAAUCAGGCAGGGUGAACUACGACAGAUAUCUGUUGGUGACAUUGUUGUGGGUGAUAUAUGUCAGAUCAAGUAUGGUGAUUUACUUCCAGCUGAUGGUGUACUCAUUCAGAGUAAUGAUUUAAAAAUUGAUGAAUCAUCAUUAACCGGAGAAUCAGAUCAUGUGAAAAAAGGAGAAUUGUUUGAUCCAAUGGUAUUGUCUGGUACACAUGUUAUGGAGGGAAGUGGCAAAAUGUUAGUCACAGCUGUAGGUAUUAACUCCCAAGCAGGUAUUAUAUUUACUCUUUUGGGUGCAGCUGUAGAUCAGCAAGAAGAAGAAAUGAAGAAACAACGAAAGGAAGCCAAAAAGCAAAAGAAAAGUCUAACAGGUGAAACUGCCCCAGCACUUAAUAGCAAUUCAGCUGACAUCAGUAUGAAACGCAUGGAUAAACCAUCUGAUGAUGAUAGGGUAGGAGGCCAAGAGCACAAUGCUGAUUCUGAAGAACAUACUAAGAAAGACAAGUCUGUGCUCCAAGCAAAACUCACCAAACUAGCUAUACACAUUGGUUAUGCUGGUUCUACAAUAGCUGUAUUAACUGUUCUUAUAUUAGUAAUACACUUUUGUGUUAAAACUUUUAUUUGGGAAGGACAAUCUUGGAAAAGCCAUUAUGCAAGUAAUUUUGUACGCCAUUUUAUCAUUGGUGUUACUGUAUUAGUUGUAGCUGUCCCUGAAGGUUUACCACUUGCUGUCACUUUAUCCCUGGCUUAUUCAGUUAAAAAAAUGAUGAAAGAUAACAACUUGGUUAGGCAUUUAGAUGCAUGUGAAACUAUGGGUAAUGCUACUGCAAUUUGUUCAGAUAAAACAGGUACAUUAACAACUAACCGGAUGACAGUUGUUCAGUCUUAUAUUUGUGAAGUUUUGAGUAAAACUGUACCACAAUUUGCGUCUAUACCAUCUAAUGUAGGUAACAUACUUGUACAAGCUGUGUCUAUCAACUCUGCAUAUACAUCUAAAAUUAUGCCUCCUGAUGAUCCAACUAGCGAUUUACCUAAGCAAGUUGGUAACAAAACUGAGUGUGCAUUAUUAGGUUUUAUAUUGGCUCUUGGUAAAAAUUAUCAAACUUGGAGGGAUGAUAUUCCUGAAGAGAUGCUAACUCGAGUUUACACAUUCAACUCGGUGCGUAAAUCUAUGAGCACUGUUAUUCCUAGAGAAGGUGGAGGCUACCGUUUAUUCACAAAAGGUGCAUCUGAAAUUGUAUUGAAAAAGUGUACAUAUAUUUAUGGCAGAGAUGGUAAAUUAGAAAAAUUUACUAAAGACAUGCAAGAAAGGUUAGUGAGAAAUGUCAUAGAACCAAUGGCUUCAGAUGGUUUACGUACCAUUUCAGUUGCAUUUAAAGAUUUUGUACCAGGAAAAACAGACUCACCCAAUCAAGUUUUAAUGGACGGUGAACCAAAUUGGGAUGCUGAAGAUUCUAUAGUAUCUGACCUAACAUGUUUAUGUGUUGUUGGAAUUGAAGACCCUGUUAGACCAGAAGUGCCUGAAGCUAUAAGGAAAUGCCAACGUGCUGGUAUCACAGUGCGUAUGGUCACUGGUGAUAAUGUGAACACUGCCCGAUCAAUUGCCACUAAAUGUGGUAUAUUUAAGCCAGGUGAAGAUUGGUUAGUUCUGGAAGGUAAGGAGUUUAACCAGAGAAUUCGAGAUGCUAAUGGAGAGGUCCAACAACAUUUGUUAGAUAAAGUCUGGCCUAAAUUGCGAGUAUUAGCUAGGUCAUCCCCAACAGACAAAUAUACUCUAGUCAAAGGUAUUAUAGAUAGCAAGGCAACAGAUUCACGUGAGGUGGUAGCUGUAACUGGUGAUGGUACAAAUGAUGGUCCUGCAUUGAAGAAAGCUGAUGUCGGUUUUGCUAUGGGGAUUGCUGGUACAGAUGUAGCCAAAGAAGCUUCAGACAUUAUUUUAACUGAUGAUAAUUUCAGCAGUAUUGUUAAAGCUGUCAUGUGGGGUCGAAAUGUUUAUGAUAGCAUUGCAAAAUUCUUGCAAUUUCAACUGACUGUUAACUUAGUAGCUGUCAUUGUAGCAUUUAUUGGCGCUUGUACUAUUCAAGACAGUCCAUUAAGAGCUGUUCAAAUGUUAUGGGUAAAUUUGAUUAUGGAUACGUUGGCUUCAUUGGCUUUGGCUACUGAACUACCCACCGCCGAUUUAUUACUCCGAAAACCUUAUGGCCGUACAAAGCCGCUGAUAUCUCGCACCAUGAUGAAAAAUAUAAUAGGGCAGACAGUUUACCAACUAACUGUCAUUUUCUCUUUGUUAUUUUUCGGCGACAAGUUGUUGGAUAUACCCACUGGGCUUGGUGCUAAGGAUGUUGCAAAUCCUACCCAACACUUCACUAUAAUCUUCAAUACUUUUGUAAUGAUGACAUUAUUCAAUGAGAUCAACGCUCGUAAGAUUCACGGCCAAAGAAACGUAUUUGAAGGAUUUUUCUCAAAUUCUAUUUUCUAUGGUAUUUGGUUUGGCACAUUGCUUUCACAAAUCAUCAUUGUUCAGUUUGGCAAAGCUGGAUUUAGCACUGCUAGUUUAACACUCGAACAUUGGAUGUGGUGUUUGCUUUUCGGUUGUGGUACUCUAGUAUGGGGUCAAAUCGUCACAUGUGUGCCCACACGCAAGAUCCCGAAGCUUCUUUCAUGGGGACGUGGUCAUCCGGAAGAGUACACUAACGCUAUUAAUUUAGGUGAAGAGCACAAAUAUGAUCCCGAUUCCGGGCAAAAGCCGCGCGCCGGCCAGAUCCUGUGGAUCCGUGGACUGACCAGGCUUCAGACUCAGGUGAUAGGCGGUGAAUUGCAAGAACGUUUGAUUCCGGUCCCAUACAGCAAGAGCUCCACUGAUCAAGCUAUACGAGUGGUUAAUGCUUUCCGCCAGGGUCUAGAUGCUCGGUACGGCGAAUCGCUGGCCGAGGUGCUGCGAAAACAACCGUGUUUCAGCAAGCGACUUUCUGCGGUGGCGGCGGCAUCGUCUUCCGGCGGCGGCACCAACAACGGAUCCAUUGAAUAUGCAGACAGCGACAACGUGAUGGGCGUACCUCACAUAGAUGUAGAACGCCUGUCGUCGCACAGCCAUACAGAGACGGCCGUGUAAAUUACACACUCACACACUCAUAUUAAUAAUAAGUAAUAUAGUAAAUAUACAUAACAGUAAUCUCCUAUCUUUGAAAAAUUAAACAAAAAAAAAUAAUUUUAACAAACUUUUUGCUUUACUUAGACAGUAGAAAAGAUUAUUUUUAUUAUUAUUAUAUUUUAUUGUACAAAAUUAUAAUUAACUACCCCGCCUCAUUAAACAUUUUUUAGCGUUCAUCAACUCCACCGACGACAGCACAGCGCAAAUAACAUUUGCAUUCGCUCGUAUUAAAUGUUCGAUUCGUGCCUUAAAUUAUUUAAAUGUUUUUUAAACGAAUGUAAAAAAACAACAUUGUGCCGAUGGAGUAGGGGGGUAGUAAAUCGUUGGCUAAUUGUAGUAUUUUAUUACGAAUGGUAAUACAAAUUAGUGAGUAUCCUACCAAAUGCCGAUGUUUUGUAUUGAGUUAUAAUUUCGUUUAAGUCAGUUUUAAAAUGAGAAUUCGUCAAAAUUAUUAGAAAGCAAGUGCUGGUUUUAUUAAUAUUUUAUUUUUCUCUACUAUACACACAAACCUGUGUGUUAAUGUUAUUAUUGUUCAUAUUGUAACGUAAUAACUAACGACAAAAAUGUCGAUUGCGUACGCUGCCGCCGAGUUGCAUUUAUUUAUUAAUAUUUUAAAUAUUCUAAUUAUUAUUAUGUAUUAAAUACUUAACACACCGGACGUCCAAGUCGCUUCGGUCAAACAAUUAUUUUUAUUCAAUUUUGUAAUGAAAACAACAAAUACAAUCUUAAUUCUAGAAUUCUAUGAUAGUAAUAAUAAUUAUGCAACGCGAAAAUAAGAUUUUUUAUGUGUUCCCUUAAAUUUAAUGAUAAUAUUAAUUAAUUUUAAUGAUUAAUCUUAAUUAAAACGCGUUAACGUUGAUGAAUAUAAUAAUUAUAACCUUAUUUAUACAAUUAAAUUAUAGUAAUAAUAAGUUAGACACUUGUUUCGAACAAAUAUAAUUGCAACAAAAACAAUUAGCAUUUUAGAAUUUUUAUUUAUUUUUUUUUUUAUACUUAACGUAAUAUUUUAUUUUUUGUGUAUAUAUAAAAUGAAUAAAUAAAAAUAAUGAUUAUAAAUAGGGAGAAAUAUUUCAACGUUUAUUAAAUAAUAAUAUAUUUUAUGUAUAAUUACCUAUGUUUUUCAUUGGUUAUAAACGUCGUGUAUGUGUAUUGUGUACAUAUUAAUUUUGAUGUAUGUAUUGUUAUUACACCUUUGUAGAUUAUUUUAUUUAGUUUAACGCUAGACAAACACAUAUAAACAAAUAAAAGCUUUUCAAUUAAUUCUUCCGAAAAUGCUAUUACACUCGUGGAUUUAAAGUGUAUUAUUACUUAUUAUAUUUUAAUGUUAUAUGUACACACACGCCUACACCCAUUGUAUAAAUUAUGUUUUUUUUAUCUUAGAUAACUUAUAAAAAUAAAUUGAUUUUAACUACUACUGAAUGAUUGUAUAGCAUAAAAUAAUAUAUAGAUAUGUCUGUUAUAUUAUACAUUAGGUAUGAUUUUUUUUUUUGUUAAAAUAAAAAUAAAACAAUGUUAAAUACCUAUUAUAAACUUACUACUUAAACGAAGUAAAUAUGGUUGGUUAAGAUGUAUAAAGGUCAUAUGUUUUAACUUUAUCCGCUAUUUUCUACUUAUUAAAGUAAUAUCGCGGUAGAUUGCUUUUGUUCAUUAAAUGUGUAAGUUCAUUAUGAA